GAGGCAGUAUAUUAACCCGGCGCCCCCAAUUCCGUCGUCCUCCUCAGCUCAGGCGAGCAGCAGAGCCGAGCACUAGCAGACCCUCCUCCUCAAAUUCCCGACCAGGCGACCACCACUUCACCGGCUCAGCGCGAUGGGGUCCGUCCCGGAGGACACCGCCGCGGCCGUGUUCCGCUCCAAGCUCCCGGACAUCGAGAUCCCGCGCGGCCUCUCGCUGCAGGCCUACUGCUUCGAGCGGCUCCCCGAGGUGUCCUCCCGCCCGUGCCUCAUCGACGGGCAGACGGGCGCCGUCCACACCUACGCCGACGUGGAGCUCCUCUCGCGGCGCGCGGCGGCGGCGCUGCGCGCGAUUGGGGUGGGCAAGGGGGACGUGGUCAUGAACCUCCUCCGCAACUGCCCCGAGUUCGCCUUCGUCUUCCUGGGCGCCGCGCGGCUGGGCGCGGCCACCACCACGGCCAACCCGUUCUACACCCCGCACGAGAUCCACCGCCAGGCGGCCGCGGCGGGGGCGAGGGUGAUCGUCACCGAGGCCUGCGCCGUCGACAAGGUGCGCGCCUUCGCCGCCGAGCGCGGCGUGCCCGUGGUGUCCGUUGACGGCGGCCCCGGGGGCUGCCCCCUGCUCCGGGACCUCAUGGACGCCGCCGAGCCGCUCGCCGCCGACGAGGAGGUCCACCCCGACGACGUCGUCGCGCUGCCAUACUCCUCCGGCACCACCGGGAUGCCCAAGGGCGUCAUGCUCACGCACCGCAGCCUCGUCACCAGCGUCGCGCAGCAGGUGGACGGCGAGAACCCGAACCUGUACUUCCGGCAGGACGACGUGGUGCUCUGCGUGCUGCCGCUGUUCCACAUCUACUCGCUCAACUCGGUGCUGCUGGCGGGCCUGCGCGCCGGGUGCGCCAUCGUGAUCAUGCGCAAGUUCGAGACCGGCGCGCUGGUGGAGCUGGUGCGCGCGCACGGCGUGACCGUGGCGCCCUUCGUGCCGCCCAUCGUGGUGGAGAUCGCCAAGAGCCCCCGCGUCGGCGCCGCCGACCUCGCCUCCAUCCGCAUGGUCCUGUCCGGCGCCGCGCCCAUGGGCAAGGACCUCCAGGACGCGUUCAUGGCCAAGAUCCCCAACGCCGUGCUCGGCCAGGGGUACGGGAUGACGGAGGCAGGGCCCGUGCUGGCCAUGUGCCUGGCCUUCGCCAAGGAGCCGUUCGAGGUCAAGUCCGGCUCCUGCGGGACCGUCGUCCGGAACGCCGAGCUGAAGAUCGUCGACCCCGACACCGGCGCGUCGCUGGGCCGGAACCUGCCGGGCGAGAUUUGCAUCCGCGGCGAGCAAAUCAUGAAAGGUUAUCUGAAUGAUCCAGAAGCCACAAAGAAUAUCAUUGAUAAGGAUGGAUGGCUGCACACCGGCGACAUUGGUUAUGUUGAUGACGACGAUGAGAUCUUCAUUGUUGACAGGCUCAAGGAGAUAAUCAAAUACAAGGGCUUCCAAGUACCGCCUGCAGAACUUGAGGCCCUUCUCCUCACACAUCCUGAAAUUAAGGAUGCUGCUGUUGUCUCAAUGAAAGAUGAACUUGCCGGUGAAGUCCCCGUUGCAUUCAUUAUUCGGACUGAAGAUUCUGAGAUCAGUGAGGACGAGAUCAAGCAGUUUGUUGCAAAGGAGGUUGUGUUCUACAAGAGGAUCAACAAAGUUUUCUUCACGGAUUCCAUUCCGAAGAAUCCUUCUGGCAAAAUCCUUAGGAAAGACCUGAGAGCACGACUUGCUGCAGGGAUUCCUAGCGAAACACAGUCCAAAAACUAAGCCUGAUAUUGAUCCCGAUCCCCACCCCACCAAAACACAAGUUUCUACACCCUUGUCAAAAAUCAUGCUGUAAUAUUCAUGAGAUGGCAGUAAUACAUAUAGAAAGGCCAAGCAAUCCCUAUUGAUUCUUUUAGAUGGGUAAAGUAUACUUUGUUUAUUUGUUCUAUGUAUUGUAUCAUGUAUAGAUACCCUUUUUGACCCCAAAAAGGCUGAUUAUUAUACCAUAUCUUUGUUCAAUCUUUUGUUCAGUAA